CUGCAUCUCUAGAUCGAUGUGUAUUAUAAAGUAACAAGCAUGUUGAUCCGCACUUGGAUUGGGCGGAAGAAAGCAAAUGCCCGAUCAAAUGCGUGCUCGGGGUAUUGACUAGGGUCCGCUCGGACCGAUAGGGGGGAGAUCUCCCCGCCCCGUCGGGCCCGCAGCCCUAUAUUAUGUUCGUGCCAGCCGAUGCAUCUGGUCAUGACUUCCGAUUUGAUUUUAUUUGGUUGUUCUGCUCUCUCAUCCGGUUCAUGUGGGAAUGGCAGCCACCACGGUCCUACUAAGUCCGCGCUCUGGACCAACACGAUAGGCCGACUAACCAAUGACCAAGAACCUCACCAUCGUGUGAAGAAGGCAGUGGUCGUGACCUGGCACUCAGUCCGUCUCACCUACAGCAAACCCAAGCAUGUAGCUCCGAGAGCUGCAACGAGUGGCGGUCAUGGGUAUCACCCGCAAUACAACGCCAGGCCGGCACGAUGGACCAGGGAAUCUUGAGAUCAAUUUUUGGC